AUGGCUCAAACAACUAACAGGACAAGUACAAGUAAGAAAGGGUUUGAGCAUGAUAAAGGAAGAAGGAGGGGGAAGGGCAAGGGGGAGGAGAAGGGGAAAGGAAGGAGAGGGGUGGCGGGAGGUGGCAUUGGAGGAGAUGCUGGUGAAGGAGCCGAUGGUGGUGUUGGAGUUGGAGGAGGUGCAGGUAGUAGAGGUGGUGCUGGUGGUGGCGUUGGAGGAGGUGCUGGUGGAGGAGUAGGUGGUGGUGCAGGAGGUGGGGCUGGUGGUGGAGUUGGAGGUGGAGCAGGCGGGAGAGUAGGAGGAGGGGCUGGUGGAGACAUUGGUGGUGCUGCCGGAGGUGGAGCAGGUGGAGGCGUGGGAGGAGGGGCUGGAGGUGGGGCCGGUGGCGGAGUAGGGGGUGGAGCAGGCUGCUGGGCUGAUGGGAGGCUGCGUUGCUACAUUGUUGCUACGUCUGCGUUGCUGUUGGGAUGA